AUCUUUAAUAAUCUCCCUGGGCUGAUAAUGAAUGAAGGAGACGACACAAAUUGGUACCUGAUAGGAAUGGGAAAUGAACUUGAUAUCCAUACUGUCCAUUUUCAUGGUGAAACUUUUAUUUUCAAGAUGAAUCACCAUCACAGAGGAGAUGUGUAUGACCUUAUCCCUACAACUUUUCAGACAAUUGAACUUGUAGCAUUUAAUCCUGGGACCUGGCUUUUACAUUGCCAUGUGCACAAUCACAUUCAAGCAGGGAUGGAAACCACAUACACCAUUAUAAAAGCAGAAAAUGAAAAAAAUAUUGACGAAAAAAAGACUACUACAAAAGGUAAUGGAAGAACAGAGUUACAGUUCUUUGGCCAAUGGCUGGACCUGGAAGAAGCUGAUUCUCUCCUCCAAGUGCUUUUCUUCACUGGAAUAGUGCUUCUGUUCAUUGUUUUGACAUUCAUGUCUAUUGUACUUUUCCAGGGGAAAAAGGCCUAUUAUCACUUCAUUGGGCACAGAUCAAUGGAGUCCCUCUAAUUUGACU